CUCCCCCGCGCUGAGCUACAACUGUUGCCGUUACUAGGGAGGCGCGAGCUGUUUGAGCAGACAGACCCGGAACACUUCCUGUUUCUGAGAACAGACGGUGAGCGCGCGCUAGGACAGACACGACCUGCUGGAUCUCGAGCCGAGCAGAGUGCUGGAUCCGGUUUCAGUGGAUCCGGUCUCAGUCGAUCUGGUUUAAGGAUUCUUACCAUGUGGAUCAGGACUGUCCUGGUCUGACUGAGACUGUGAGAUGCAGCUGUUAAACGGCAAAACUGUGACUGUGAUCCUGCUGUUGGCUCUGCUGCUGUUAGUGGUGUACUGGUACAUCUUCCAGCCCUACAGAGAUGUUGUGUCCUUCACACAGGAAGAGACAACCGAAGGCAGAUGUACUGCUGAUGUCAUCGUCUCUGUGGAUCACCCCUUCCACCUGGAGGACCAUCUGCAGUACAAACAGCCCAGCAUCGUGCAGGGUCGUACCGACGUGGUGACGGUGACGCCGUGGUUGGCUCCGGUUGUCUGGGAGGGAAGCUUUAACCCGGUUCUACUUGACAGCAUCUACAAACAUAAGAACAUCAGCAUCGCAGCCACCGUGUUUGCUGUUGGAAAGUACAUCAUGUUCCUGAAAAAGUUCCUGGAGACGGCAGAGCAGCACUUCUUCGUUGGUUUCAAGGUGCACUUUUACGUGUUCACUGACCGGCCUAACGAGGUGCCCCAAGUCAAAAUGGCCGCCGGCAGACAGCUGACAGUCAGUUCGGUGCCGAGCUCGAAACGUUGGCAGGAGAUCUCUGCUCGAAGGAUGGAGCUCAUUCAGACGCUGAUAGAGGAGAAGCUGCGUAACCACGCCGACUACAUCUUCUGUCUGGACGUCGACUCUCAGUUCCAUGGCCGCUGGGGGACCGAGUCACUGGGCGGACUGGUGGCUGUGAUACAUCCAGGUUACUACAGGGACGACCGCAGCAAGUUCCCUUAUGAGCGCAGGCCCAAGUCCAAAGCCUACGUGGCUCCUGGGGAGGGGGACUUCUACUACUGUGGGGGGGCGUUUGGAGGCCUCCUGCAGGAAGUAUACCUGCUCGCCAGUACCUGUCGCUCCAACUUCCAGGCUGAUACCAAGGAAGGCAUCGAGGCUGCCUGGCAGGAGGAGAGUCACCUGAACAGGUACAUGUGGAUCAACAAGCCCAGUAAGGUGCUGUCACCUGAGUACCUGUGGCAGGACUUCAAACCCAGAAACCCAGAGAUUCACAUCAUCAGGUUCUCUGGUGUCGUCAAGAACUACGCUGAGAUCCGACCCAACGUCUGAGAGUCCAGACUGAACUGUUCUGGCCUGGACUGAAAGAGCUGAAACACCAAAGUCAUGGUUUGGAUAAGCCUGGCUAAAGCCCCGCACACCUCUGGAACUGGUUCACACCUGUCUUUAACACCUGAGGCUUACCCACAGUCCACCUCUUCACCUGACUUGUGGCUGUCAGUCCGAAGCUUAACAGCUAAAAGAACUUUAGUAGAAAUCAGAAUCAGAAAUCCUUUAUUGAUCCCCGAGGGGAAACUCUUUUGAUACAGCUGCUCGCUCUCACGUCAAUGCACACAAAGCACUAAAUGUAGAAAAAGAAAGAAGCACUUUCUGUCGUUACACGGUGUCAUGACCCGAUCCGUCCCCCUUCCAGAAUCAGGACCUUUAGCUAAUGGUGCAUCACCUCUACUGAGCAUGUGCAACUCUCGUUUAGCUCACAAAAACAGGCUGUCGACACCAGAUUAGUUUUAGAGACGUUUUUCAGUCGUCCGUCUCAACUCAGUUUUAAUCUUUACAGCUGUCUCCACCGCCCGCAUCACCACCUGCGUUUUACCUGCGAGCAGAAGCUUGUGUCUGUUUUCUUACAACUUACUCAAUUAACUAUGAAACUCAGGUGACCUACACUCAUGACUGUGCCUGAAUGCAUCCUGUGUAGCUGAUGCAUGACUGAAGCUUUCUCUACACACCUGGUGUAGACAAGAUACUAAACACAACCAAGCUGGUAAUGAGGAUAGUGUUAGCAGGCUAACAACAAAUACCCAUUAGGAACAAAGAGGGCUAGUUACGGUAACAAUACCUGGCCAGUGCUAACUGUUGUCAUCUCUCAGCAUCACGUACAAAAGCUACAAGCUGCAUUCCCCAAACCCUGUUCUACACAGCCAAAACACAGUAACUACAUUUUUGAUCAACACUGUUGUCGCAGCGUGUGCAGGGUCGUCUUCCUGCAGAGCUCCAGUGGUGACUGAGCAGAGGUUCAGUCUGGUGGAUUUACUCAGUCGUCAGGUCUCUGCUCCUUCCUCGCUGUCACUAAAACAUCUUUCUGUUGGUUUGUCUUCAGCUUUAGUCCUUAAACACCUUGUUAGCAGCAGCGUUCAGUCCUGUAGUUGUUUACAUUAGAGUCACUGAUUAGAUUUAAACAAACAUCAUUAUCUUUUUAGCAAACUUCCCAUCAUGCACUGUGUUUGAGUUCACUGUUGACAUUUUUCCAAGGGUGUAAUUUCCACUGACAGUCUGUCACAUCCUGUGACCGGUGGAGGUUUUUGGGUUGCAUUCAGUCUGAGAUAAAGACUGCAGAACUACUGUGUGUGUGUGUGUGUGUGUGUACAUACAUACAUAUAUAUUUUAAUCUUUUAUUUUUUUCUUAAUAUUAAAUAAAUAAAUAUGCCUAUGAAAUAUAUCCUGAAAUAAAUUUGGAAUUAAAUAUAUAAAUGAGUCAAUAUAGGUUUUAUUUCAAAAAGGAUAUUUUUCAAAGGACUAUUUUUAUUUAUUUCAUAAUGCCACAUUUAUUUAUUUAAUGGUCCAUCAUAAGUGUCGUUCCAUUUGUCAGGAAGCUGAGGUGGAGUCGCUGAGCUCGACCCUCGCGAGUCUCACCCACAAUGCACUGCAGAAAACACGUCCGUGGUCAGGGGGCAGCAAUGGACUUAAAACCAGUUCCUUCAGAAAAUCUCACUGACAGCUUGAUAUUUCACUGGAAAGUGUCGUCUAACUAACUGCAGUUAAUAUUGACUUGAACUGUUGUUCCGCUUGUGUGAUUUCUUUCUUCCCAACACCUGGAAACAUCUGGAAACACCUGGAAACACCUGGAAACCCUGCUGCUGUGUAAGAGAACAUAAACCCGCAGCAGCAACACUUCUGCUCAUGAUGCACAUCACUAACAGAAAGGACUGAAACCGAUCAGCUGCUUCCAAAGUGCCGCCGGUGCCUUGAACACCCUGUUGUGUACACAAGUGCACUGCCUUUUAAAUACGGCGGGGUUCAUAUACGCAUCGCUGUGAUUGGGUAACACCUGUUGCACACGGUUUUGCAGAAACAUGGGCUGUAUUCGAAACCGCCUCCUAUACUAGCAGUACGUACUGAUUUGUCCAGAAUGUAGCUUGAAACAAAUUUACAGUAUGCCAAAAAUACCCGGAUGUCGUACUGAAAAAAUAUCCAGUAUGCAUCAGACCAGUCUACCUCGCGUACUGUGUCCCACAAUGCAAAGCGCUGGAAAUGAAAUCUUUAUUGAAUCAGGCAGUCGCCCCGCGUCAGCGCUGCACAAGCAGGAGUAUAACUGCUCUGUCCCUGAUAACAAAAAAUACAACGUUAGAUUUAGGUUCUGUAUGUCGUGUUAUUUUCUUAUUGACAGCUCGCUCAGGUUAGCGUUGCUGUCUUCGUGAUAUCAAACGUUAUCUUAGCAGGCUUGACUUAAACGUUACGGCUUUGUUAUGGGGAAUGUUAGUAGGACAAAUGUAGUGAUGCAUUCGUUACAGAUUACAGGUUCUCCUUACACAAGAUUAAAUUUAAAAACAAAUGUUAUAAGUGGUAUUUACAUUUAUAUUCCUCCUACUGUUUACUUCCGCUUUCCAAAACUGGAAACCGGAAACCUGGCCUAGCAUACUGCAAAACAAAUCGAGCAAUUUCAUACUGCUACUGCACACUGCUGGUUUUCUUCUCACAGCUCUUUCUGAGCUGCUUCCUGUCGGCAUCAAAAUACAAGUCCAUGCUCACUCAGGUGAAUCAGUCACCUGUCAGUCCUUAUUAAUCAAUCACUGGAAUAUAUUUGCAAUAUAACACGGUCACUGAGAGUUCUGGAUUCUAGGUGGAGACAGAAGUCCUGUCCUGUUCACCAUUUAUAUCAAUGAAAUUGUCGCUUCCCUGUAUGGUUGCCAAAUUCAUCUGUACGUGGACAAUACUAUUUUGUACUGUAUUGCUGAUUAUGUUCAAUUAGCUGUUGAGAACCUGCAACUCCCCUUUCAUGCAUUGCAACAUCCGCUUAUUAAUCUUAAGCUGGUACUUAACGCAAAUAAAAUGAAUUUCAUGGUUUUCUCAAGAUCCAAAAA